AUGGUGACGACUACUAUAACGGGUGAUGACUUCGAAAGGUGUGCUCUCUCGGGUAAGAAACCCGCCCUCGUCUUCUUUCGCCCUCCCGGGAGCUCCGAAUCGCUCGUUCCCCUCAUCACUGCUCUCUCCUCGAAAUUUCUGUUAAGGGCCUACUUUUACACGAUGGACGUCCAUCGGAGCAGCCACCUUAACGUUCCCACGUUUGAGAAGGAGGAUUUCCAGAACGCGCCGGUUGUGAAGAUCUACAGCGAUGGAAGCGUGGUUGAGACGUUCCGCAACGGAGGCAGAGGGCAUACCGUAGUGUUCUUUGCCAAGCUGGAGUGUUCAAUGAUUGGCAGGAUUGUGCAUUCCAGCGACAUGCGGCAUGCAUCUGUGCCACAUUCUCCCAUCCCCCUCCUCUCCCUCUCCCUCUCCCUCUCCCUUCCCUCUCCCUCUCCCUUCCCUCUUCCUCUCCCUCUCCCUCCCCCCCUUACCAGGAUCUGUGUGGCAUGCGUUGAUGUGGUGUGGCAUGCAUUAUGGUCGGUGUUGGAGCGGGGUGCUGGGGGGCAUCAGCUUCCAUGCGCAGAGAGGAAAGGGGAGAAAUGUGUGGAGGAUCAAAGAGCCCACGCGCACUCGCAACAGCCAACUCCCUCACUGACCCCAUCAAGUGGCCCGCCCGGCUGUUCACACUCGCCUCGCCUCCCCACGCAUUCUUCCUUCUUCCUUCCACGCCUUCCAUUCCCAUUAAUGCCCACCGCCCUCCCUUCCCAGAAACGGCUUCUAAUCACUGACCGUUCCAUCGAAUGCAACCCCUUCCAAGCCCGGUCCCUUCCCUUCCUUUCCCCUCCCUCCACGCCCAUCCUCUUCCCUUCCUUUCCCCUCCCUCCACGCCCAUCCUCUUCCCUUCCUUUCCCCUCCCUCCACGCCCAUCCUCUUCCCUUCCUUUCCCCUCCCUCCACGCCCAUCCUCUUCCCUUCCUUUCCCCUCCCUCCACGCCCAUCCUCUUCCCUUCCUUUCCCCUCCCUCCACGCCCAUCCUCUUCCCUUCCUUUCCCCUCCCUCCACGCCCGUUCCCUUCCGUUCCCUUCCCUUCUUCCCAAGUCCCCUCCCAACCCCCUCCAAUCGUUACAUUCACUUCCAUUCGCUUCCCUUGUUGACACUACCCAAACCAGGGCGACAACUCGUCAUGACGACCUUUCCCUUGCCUCCCCUGCCAUUCCCUCCCCUCCCCCGCCCCCUCCAAUCGUUACAUUCACUUCCAUUCGCUUCCCUUGUUGACACUACCCAAACCAGGGCGACAACUCGUCAUGACGACCUUUCCCUUGCCUCCCCUGCCAUUCCCUCCCCUCCCCCACCCCCUCCAAUCCGCCACUCCGCUGAUGCGAGCAUGGAAGAGGGAGGGUGGGGGAUACGCGUGCAUCAUGGUGCAAGAUUGGAAUCUAGCUUCCAAUCAUGCCUUCCCAUCUCCUCUCCUGUCGAUCCAUCCCCUUCCUGGCGCCCCAUCUUCCUAGCCUGCCUCCACAAGUCCCUUUCUUGCCUUUCGAUCUCCUGGUCCUGCCUCCGCAGUCGCCCCUUCCUGCUUUCCCAACUCCCCAUCCCUCCUCACUUCGUUUCCGCUUUAAACAGGACAGGACAGUGCCGGGCUCAGGCGAGCAAGGCAUCGUACAGGAAGCAGCAGCAGGCACAAAAGAAUGUCAAUCCUACCUUCCCCAUCUCCUUUCCUGUCACCCCAUCUCCCCAUCCCGCCUUCCCACCUCUUUCUCCUGUCGCCCCAUCUCCCCAUCUCCCCUUUCCGCCUUCCCACCUCCUCUCCUGUCGCCCCAUCUCCCCUUUCCGCCUUCCCACCUCCUCUCCUGUCGCCCCAUCUCCCCUUUCCGCCUUCCCACCUCCUCUCAUGUCGCCCCAUCUCCCCUUUCCGCCUUCCCACCUCAUCUCCUGUCGCCCCAUCUCCCCUUUCCGCCUUCCCACCUCCUCUCCUGUCGCCCCAUCUCCCCUUGCCGCCUUCCCAACUCCUCUCCUGUCGCCCCAUCUCCCCUUGCCAUCCUCUUCCCAUCCUGCCUCCACAUCUCCCUUGCCUCCCCAUCUCCCCAUCCUGCCUCCCCAUCUCCCCAUCCUGCCUCCCCAUCUCCCCAUCCUGCCUCCCCAUCUCCCCAUCCCGCCUCCCCGUCUCCCCAUCCUGCCUCCCCAUCUCCCCAUCCUGCCUCCCCAUCUCCCCAUCCUGCCUCCCCAUCUCCCCAUCCUGCCUCCUCGUCUCCCCAUCCUGCCUCCCCGUCUCCCCAUCCUGCCUCCCCAUCUCCCCAUCCUGCCUCCUCGUCUCCCCAUCCCGCCUCCCCAUCUCCCCAUCGUUGUCCGCCUCACGAACUGA